AGACUCGGUAAGUGACGUUGUUUGUUUUGACGGAACUAGUCAGGUGUUUAUCUGCUUUUCAAAAUAAAACCCGCUUUAGUUCUGCUCGUUCCUGAUGAUUUAUAAAUAUUUAAACGCCUAGAAUACACAAUAUACUUCCUGUGACAAGUGAAGUGAAGAGGUUAAAUUAACGUGAGCCUAUGGAUUUUUUAUAUUUACGUAUAAACAGACAGUAAUACUUUUAGACAGCAACUUUAACUAACGAACAGAGAACCAAGCAGAGUGUACGGCUGCUUUACUUUCAAUAUCCGCUAGAUGGCGACAGUAUCUUAAAUGAAGUAGGUUUUAUUUAAAGAAAGAAGAAAACCGGAACCAUGCCACAAUAACUUUUGUAACGACAACGUAUCGGUUCCUGAAAUAUAAUUGUACUCGACUCUAUUCAUUCCUACUUAUGCUGUAAGAGCGCAACAUGGACACAAAGGCAGAAGACUCUGCAGCUCCAGAACCGAAGGAGUGUCCAAAAACCGAGCUCUCUGCUGCUAUGCGGGCUAAGAUCGAGAGGAACCGGCAGCGGGCUUUAAUUCUUCGGCAAGCGCGAAUAGCAAGCCGCCCUUUGUCCGCUGUGGAGGGCUCCACCUCGGCUAAAGUGUCAAAGACCGUCGACUCUGGAGCCGGCUUCUUUAUCGACGAGGACGAGGAGCAGAAAGAAAGGGAACACAAUGUCAAAAAAGUGGUGCACGAUCCAGCUCCAGUGAUUCAGUCGGACUAUCUGGUCUGUGAUGAGUGUGGGAAACCUUUCAUGGACUCUUACCUGAGCAACAGCUUUGCCCUGUCGGUCUGUGACAAGUGCAGGGACAACGAUGAGAAGCACAAGCUGAUCUCCAGGACUGAAGCCAAGCAGCAGUACCUGCUGAAGGACUGUGACCUGGACAAACGAGAGCCUCCACUCAGGUUUAUACUGAGGAAAAACCCACACAACCAACGCUGGGGAGAUAUGAAGCUGUACCUGAAAGUACAGGUGGAGAAAAGAGGCCUGGAGGUGUGGGGUUCAGAGGAGGCUCUGGAGGAGGCCAAAGAAACUAGAGAAGAAAACAAAGAGGUGCAGAAACAAAAACGUUUCAACAAGAAGGUCAAAGAGUUGCGCAAAGCAGUCAGGAGCAGCAUGUGGACCACAAAUACCAGCACUCACGUGCAUCAGUAUGGACCAGAGGAGGUGGUCGACCCAGAGGAAGAUCUCUACAAGAAAACCUGCAUGAGCUGCGGACAUGAACUCAGCUACGAGAAGAUGUAACCUAGUGGAACCUCAGGAAACAGGAACAUAUGAAGACUUUUCUCUUGUGGAAACUCGUGUGGAAAAUGUUUUUUUUUUUUUUUUUUUACUGAAACAAAAUUGUCAAAAAUAAAAUGUUAAUUUUUAUGUGCAGUCCAAGUAGCUUUCAGUGUCUUUUUUAGAAAUCCUGAAGCAGACUACAUUUACUUAAUGGCUGGAAAUAUGUAACUUCUCAGGAUUUUUUUGUCCAAACCUUGUGUGAUCUUUAGCUUAAUAAUAUAAAAGUUGUAGUACAGUCUGCUGUAAUAUCACUGUUGGAUCAGAUUUGUGAGAACUGUUAUAAAUAGACACUUUUUGGAUAAUGGUUCAUGUCAUCAAUGGUGAUUUGUUUGUUUUUUUUUACUCUGUUUUCCCCCAGGUUGUGAACCAGGUUUUAUUGUUCAGUGCUGAAGAGAAAAUACACCAUUCCUCAACUGAUCAGGAGUU